AUGAGGAAUUCUGGAGAUCCCAAAACUCGACUACAAAAUGUUUUAAGUCAAAUUGCGAACCACAAUGGUUCAAGUACAUUACCUUCGUUGUUACAACGAUCUGCCCAAAGUGAUAUACAAAACGCCGUCUCACAAGCUCAAUCAAUAUGUACCCAACUGGGCAUCCAAAUCCAGGCCCAAAACCCCGACCAACUUGGUGGUCACAGCUACGGGUGGCAGCCUUGGAAACCACAGCCUUUGCGUACUGGUUACGGCCCUUACUCCCAUUCCACCACCCCCGCGCCCACGCUCGAGACUCUCCUCAACAAAUUCGAAGCAGAUGUUAAAGAGCAACUUUCAAAAUUGACAACUAACGUCGGCAAGACACCCGGUGACAAUAACAGCGUCCACGCUCAAUUGGACGCCGUUAAAAAUAACGUUGACGGCCUGAGCAGUAAGCUUCAUCAGGCAACACAAGAAUCCUCAGACAGUCCAGCCCAAGCCGUCGACAACGCCAUCACGCAGGUGACCGUCACGCUCGACGCGCAGUUGAAAGAUGGCGGUGAUAAAGUCAACCUUAAGGACACCGAUCCCAGUGUCUUCCAGCGUUACAAAAAGCAAGUCAAACAAGACAGCCUUACCGCUGCUGACUCCGACGUCAACAACCUUGAAGGCGCCCUUCCAGAGAAGAUCAAGGGGAUCAGGACGCAGGUGGAGACGGACUUCCAAGCUGUGAAUGCCGCUACUAAAAAUAAGAAGGAAUUCGCAACAUUGUCCGAAGCCAUUACCUCCAAUCUGAAAUCUCUCACUGAUACCGUAUCACAGGUCGGCCAAAAAAUCAACGCCAAAUUGACUGAGCUUAAGAGUAAGAUCGGUAAAAAGGAACACGGUAAAUCUGCUACGGAUAACACACUUCAAAAAAUACAUGAAAAUCUUGAAAAACUACUGAACAAUGAAUUGAAUACAGCCAUCCAAAACACCGACAAUCUCCUUAAAAGUGAAGUUUCCAAAUACCAACAACAAUGCAUCCAAUCACUUGAAUCCCACGUGGACUCCGAAGUAAAAGAAGCCAUCGAAAAACUCACCGCGCAGGCUAACAAAAAUUACGUGACAUCUAUCAAAGAGAUGCUGAAUGCAUUCGCCGAUAGGGUGCAAAAGGAAUUGAAGCCUCUGCCAACAGCCAUCGACACCGACCGCAAGGAGGGCUUCAAGGGUUUUAUGAGAACUAUGCAAGGUGUCAUUUCAAAUAACGAGACUUCGAGUGUACAUAUUAAUUUGCUCAGCAGUCUUGCAAGUGAGUCCACUGACACAGCUGAGCAGAAAGCACAACUCUUCAAAACGCUCUACAAAAUUCAAGGAAUUCGUCGGGCCACUAAAAGGUAUUUGGACACGGAGAUCAAGAGACUUUAUAAAGACAUCAACGCAAAGAAGAAUCCUCCCGUAAUUAUCAAAGACACCGAUAAACAUCCUUACGCCGACGCACUUGACGCCGUGCAAUCCAAACUAAACACUCUCCUCGACGAACUUCACAACUCCAAUCACUUCACUCACAGUCUCACCUUUAAUCUUGGUAAUCUUAGCAGUGCACUUCAUAGUUUAGUUCCGACAAAUUUCGAGGGCCCGUGCAACACGCUGCUCGACGUUCUAAAAACAGGCCUGACAGGGAUGCACGCUGAACUCAAAAAGGCGUACGUGUCGGUGUAUGACGAUGCCAAAAUAGACUGGGCAGACGAGAAAAAUCCCGAAAAGGAGAAAUGCGCAAAAAUUCUGGUUACUAUUAUGGAGACGGUGCGCUAUCAGCUGAAUAGGUUACAGAAUGGGUGUAAGAGUGAUAAAAAUAAAAACGCACAAAUUAACUUAUCGAACGGCCUAGGAAAAUUCCUUAAAUCGAUCGGCUUCGGAGUAUCCGAACAGGGCAAACACAAUGGUGAACUGCAGGACAAGGAAAAAUGA